AUGUUUCUCACUCAAACAAGAACCCCCCGAGACCCGAACAAGUUUCCUACCGUCCAGCUCUUCAUCCUCGCACUUGUACGAGUUGCGGAGCCCAUUGCUCUCACCUCCAUCUUUCCGUAUGCCUGGAAGCUCGUCCUCUACUACAAUGUCACCGGCGAAGCGAAUGCCGCUCUAUACGCUGGCAUCCUCAUCUCCGCCUUCGCUCUCGCCGAGGCCUUAACUGGCAUGUACUGGGGAGGUCUAUCAGAUCGCAUCGGACGGAAGCCAGUCCUACUGCUAGGAUGUGCCGGGACCCUGCUGUCUCUCCUCAUUCUCGGCUUCGCUCCCAACUUCUGGGUUGCACUCGCUGGCAGAAUUCUUGGCGGUAUGCUAAACGGCAAUAUUGGCGUCAUUCAAACUAUGGUUGGGGAGUUAGUCACUAAGCCUGAGCACGAGCCUCGAGCCUACGCGGUGAUGCCGUUUGUCUGGUCAGUCGGAACUAUCAUUGGGCCUUCCAUAGGCGGGUACUUCGCCAAUCCGGCCGAGAACUUCUCUAUUUCCCCGCAUAACAUCUUCGCCAAGUUCCCGUAUCUCCUUCCUAAUCUUAUCUGCGCCGUAUUCAUGCUCGUUGCUAUCGUCGCUGGAUAUUUCUUCCUCGUCGAGACACAUCCGGACAUGCAACCAUGGAGCACUCCUGAAGAUCUGGACAACACCACGGCUGAGACGCCUUUGCUUCCAACCGCAGGAGCCACAGCUCACGCCGCUGCAAACCUGACCACCGAGUCCUACGGGACGUUCGACGCUGUUGAUGUUCAGCGGGAGGAAACUUGGCAUGUAAAGUCUGACGGACGUUCCGCAUCCAUAUCUUCUGAGCAGAAUGGGAAGGUUUUCACGAAGAAUGUGCUUAUGCUAGUUGUCGCCUUGGGUAUCUUCACGUACCAUUCUAUGACUUAUGACCAUCUCCUCCCUAUCUUCCUCCAAGACCGACGAAUCGACGAGCUUUCAGUCAAUGCCGAAUCUUUCUCGCCAAUGGCCGGCGGACUCGGGCUUUCUACCCAGCAGGUCGGCAUUAUUAUGAGUUUCAAUGGCAUCAUUGCGCUCGUCAUCCAGGCCGCUGUGUUCCCACUAAUGGCCGCCUGGCUCGGAGUGUGGAAGCUGUUCAUUCUCGUCACCAUUGGCCAUCCCAUCGCCUACUUUAUCGUCCCGUACCUUGCCAUGCUUCCUGAGUCCUGGGUAUACCCUGGCAUCUAUAUCUGCCUUACCAUUCGUAACUUCUUUUCCAUCGUGGCCUACCCGCUCCUGCUCAUCCUUCUCAAAGAGGCCUCUCCGUCUCCGACCCAUCUCGGAAAGAUCAACGGCCUCGCCGCAAGCACCGGAGCCGCUUGCCGUACCAUGGCCAGCCCCAUCGCCGGCUUCCUCUACGGCCUCGGUAUCCAAUUGAAUUUCACUCCAAUUGCCUGGUGGGCAAGCGCGGUGGUCGCCGUCCUUGGAACAUUUCAGGUCGCCUUCGUGAAGAGGAAGCACAAGCGAGAAACCCAUAUCCAUUCCGCAGCUCCGUGCCGCUUUAUGCCCGCCGAGGAGCCCUUCAAAACAGACAUUGUUCACAUUACGGUUGAUUCUUCCUCGGAUGACGAGAAUGAAGCCGAAGUCUAA